AACACCUCCACACAGGACGGCUGAAGCUACGAGCUGACACUGAGAAGAAAGAAGAUAAUCCUGCAGCAGGUUUGUUUCAGAUCUCUGCUCUUCUCUGCUCUGCAACACCUGCAUCACCUCCACCAUGAAGAUACUGACUGUGUCUCUACUUGUCUGUGCCUUGAUGGCUCUGACCAGAGCUGCUGUUGUUCCAGAGGCAGAACCUGUAGACAAGACUGAACCAUCAGUUCAAGAAGUUGUCCCAGAGGCAGAACCUGGUAACAGGACUGAACCAUCAGUUCAAGAAGGAGAGAGUCAUUCGAUGGAGACAUACACGGUCUGUCCCAGUGGUUGGACUGGUUUCAGUGGUCGCUGUUUCCUCUAUGUUCCAACACCCUUGUCCUGGGCCAAUGCUGAGAGAAACUGUCAGAACCGUGGUGGAAACCUUGCAUCAGUGCACAGCUUCAAUGAGCAUCAUGUGAUUCAGAGCAUGAUAUGGAGGCUCACUCACACAUAUCCACUCACAUGGCUCGGAGGCUACGAUGCAACUCAGGAGGGAACUUGGUUCUGGAGCGAUGGUACACCUUUCCGGUUUAACUUCUGGUCUCCAGGAAACCCUAAUAAUUAUAGAGGGGGACAACACUGUUUGCAAAUGAACUAUGGAGAUCAUAAGAAAUUUGAUGAUGACUUUUGCUCUUACUCCAGACCAUUCAUCUGUGCCAGAAAGCGGUGAUAUCUCUUUGGAUGCAGCACUCAUCGUACUCACUCACAUACUUCUUUCCUGUUGCUGUAACACUACUUAAAGAAUAUAACCUUUCAGGGGAAAUGUGGGUGAAGGGAUGUAAUUUCUCUCUUCUGAAUCAAAUUGCUGAAAACCUAUUAAAAGACUAAUUAAAGUUUUAAUGUGAGAAAAUAUGCGUGUUAAUA